GUUUCUUCAAAGCAGGCGUAGCUGGUUCCGCCAAAGUGAGAGAGAGAGAGAGAGAGAGAGAGAGCUCGAAGGCUGCUGAGAAGAUGGUGAAGGGACGCCAAGGAGAGCGCGUUAGGCUUUAUGUCCGAGGAACUAUUCUUGGAUACAAGAGGUCGAAGUCGAACCAGUAUCCCAACACCUCUUUGAUCCAGAUCGAAGGCGUGAACACCAAGGAGGAGGUGGCGUGGUAUUGCGGCAAGAGAAUGGCGUACAUCUACAAGGCCAAGGUGAAGAAGGACGGAUCGCACUUUCGUUGCAUUUGGGGCAAGGUCACCAGACCUCACGGUAACAGUGGUGUUGUCAGAGCCAAGUUCAAGUCCAAUUUGCCUCCCAAGUCCAUGGGAGCUAGGGUCAGGGUUUUCAUGUACCCAAGCAACAUAUAAGCUGUUUGAAAUCAUGGGUGGUGCCAGAUAGAGCUCAUUAGGACUUGAUGGGAUAUGCAAUUUAUAUUUGCCUUUUUUGAGUUAAGUUCAAUGUUUUUGUGUCAUCUGAAGGAGAACCAUUUUUGUUUGUUUAGAAUGUUCAAUGGAAACAUUACUCAAUUGCUCACUAAGUUCAGUCUGGGUUAUUCAAAAUUCUUGCACUUGACAUUGAAUACUUCUCAUGAUCUAAACUUAUUUUACUUAAUAUGGAUUGAAGUU